CUCUAGUUGUCAAUUUUGCAGGUUUGUUGUUGUCCUAUCUCACUUUAUCAUCAUACUGUUGCAAUUGAUUACAAUACAACGCUAUUUACUUCUAAGGGCACCUCUAUCUUUUCUUUCCUCUGAGGAAUAAACAGCUGAAAAUGUAUGGAAUGGAGAUAAAUAAGAAGAAAACUAAAGUUAUGGGAAUCAUCCAGGAAGGGGAAGGGCUACGGAUACAGAUACAGGGAGAAGCAAUUGAACAAGUACAACAAUUUACAUAUCUGGGGGUAAAAAUCGACAACAAUGGAAAACAAGAACCUGACAUAGAAGAUAGAAUCGACAAAGCGGGUAAACUAUAUCAUGCAUUGAAUUGGAAAUUCUUGAAGAAGAAGGAAAUUAGCACGAAAACGAAGAUGACAGUAUAUAAGAUAAUAUUCAGACCUGUGCUAACAUACGGAUACGAAUCAUGGAGUACAACAGGAAAAAUUAAAAGUAACAUACAGACAAUGGAGAUGAAAUUUUUGAGGGGAAUAAAGGGAAUAACAAGAAUGGACCGCGUGAGGAAUGAAAAUGUCCGAAAUGAACUGGAGGUGAAUUCAAUAGAAUCAUAUGUAGGAGAGAGACAUAUGGGAUGGUGGGGUCACUUACAGCGUAUGGAAGAUGAUAGACAAGUUAAAAAGGUAUGGGAAGCCAGAAUAGAGGAGAAGCCAAAGAGAGGAAGACCACAACAGACUUGGGAUGGGGCAAAUAAGAGAGAAAUACAGAGGAGAGGAAAGAAGCUAAAAGAAGCGAAAGAAUUAGCGACUAACAGGGCAGAAUGGAAGAAAUUCAUUAGAUCAUAGUUAAGUUUUAUUUAUUGGAAUAUAAAAAAUUGCUGAAAAUUGGAGCCAUUAUUUACGCAUUAUUACAUUAUUGAAACGCAAAAACAUACUUAUAUCAGAUCGACUAUGAGUCAAAAAAGUCUGGUAAACUUAGCAUUUUUACAUUUCUAACAAGAUUCUGAAAUAUAUUACGUUACGAUGCAAUGCUAAAUAGAUUUGCUUCCCAGAAAAAGAGUAUAUCAAAAUUUAUUUUUUUGAUUUUAAGCUCGAUUCAAAAGGUCCUGUAGGUUGCUAAUCAUUUCUAUUUAUUUCACAAUAGAUUGGUGGUGUAGGAUCAGAGAAACAGGAAAAUGAUACUCUGUUAGACUAUCCAGGAUUAUUCAAAAGGAGAACGUUAGGGUGUCUUUCAAAAGUGCAAAUACCUUAGGCAAGCAUUUUUCAGUAUUAUCAAAAACCCGACACCAACUCUUCUGAACUCUAACGUAGUGUAUAAAAUCAGUAGUCGGAAUUGUUUUCGCGUUAACAUAGGACAGACGGGCCGAUAUCUGAAAUCUAGAAUCCAAGAACUAUAUUAGGUCUGUCCGUUUGCCGAUCUCCAACCCUGAAACAACCUUGGCCGAACAUUGCCUGAACGAGAAUCACAGCUUUAGUUUUGAAGACGUCAAAAUUGUGUCAAAAUAGGGCUAAUUGUUGAAAUGUUACAAAUAAGUAUCCAUGACUCAGUAAAUUCUAGAGCUGACAUCCAACAACUUAGCCGAUUUUAUUAUUCCUUAUUGAAAACAAAUAAUCAACUACGAAAUGAAUAAAAAUAAAAUAAAGAUAUCUAGCCCCUAUCAACUUCAUUACUCAGUUUUCAGUGCAUCACAUACAUACGUCUAAGUUUUUUACCCUAAUUUGUUUCGAGUCCGCUGUUCCUUUGAUUUCACCUCCGUCUGUCGACGUACUGUCUAUGCAUCGGUCGCAUUGUUUGUCCCCGCUUUUUAAUUUAUUAUGAUUUCUUUUUACGUGAAAUAUUGGAGGAUUGAUUUGAAUUUUAAUGAUAUGAUCUUGGGAAGAUACAUUUGUCUAGCUUGUAAGUACUUUGUUCAUACCUAUAUAUAUAUGUAUAUUACUUUUUUUAUUUUAAACUGAAAAUCUUUUAAAUUGUAUAAUGUUUCAUUGUAUGUCUUAAUUAUGCCAGACCAUCUUUUCGGUGAUAUUUUCUAGUCAAUAACUUUCAGUAAUGCUCAUCUUUCCUUUAUUUUUGUAAACACUUUUCAUCAAUGUUACAAGUGAUGUUUUCCGUAAAUUUUGUAGAGCCCUGAGAAUGGAAAUAAAU